GCUACGCCGGCACGCUACGAGCGCUACGCUGUAGCACCUCUACGCGCAUUGUGACUGUGACCUUAGCAUCUGCCAGAACUGACAAGUGUUAGUGCAGUGUAUUGUGCUGUUUAUAAGGUCUAACAAGCAGGCAUCAGUGGCGUAGUCAGGUGGCGGGCCCCAGGCACGAUGCGGGGCGGCGGGGGAUAGCAUGAUCACAGUAGCCACGGCGGCCUGAUGGCGCUAGUGCGCCGGAUACUAGGCGACGCCCAGGCGAAACUCCGCAAGAUGGUAGACGAGCAGGUGUCGACGCGGGUGGAGUCAGAUGAGCCGGAGCCGGCGGAUCCCCUCAUCACCCCGGCCUGCUCUGCGCUGGCCGACACCGACCUCCGGCCGCCGCCGCCGGAGCGCCGCCUCCUUAUCACCACCCUGGACAAGAGGAACGGAGUAGACAAGGAGGCGACGCUGAACAGGACGAGACUGUCAAUUAGGAACGGCAAGGAGAAUCCUUUUAUUGUGUCCUCCCCAGAUGACGACAAUAAGGAGAAUCAGACGAACGGUAAACUCGACUCGCCCAUCAAGUGGGCACAAAAUGGCAGCGAUAGCGGCACCUACGCUGAGAUCGGCAAUGCUGCCAGCGACAGGAAUGUGCUGGAUCCAGCAGACAGUUCCGAAGAUGAGGUGGCCCUGCCUGAGGCCACCUCCCCUGGAAGGAGUAGUGACGGACCUGAGCCUAAAGCGGACAUCACUGCUACUUUGGAUGGAGGGUCGGGGUCUCCGAGCGGGCGGUCGGGGGGGUCGCGGCAGGAGGAGCUGCCGGCGUCGCCGGGCAUGCUGUCCGCCACGCAGCUCGCGCGCCGCCUGCGCAUGGAGAACGAGCGGCUCCAGGCGGAGCUGACCCGAGUCCGAAGACUGCUGGUGGCGGCGGCUGAGCGGGGGGAAGUCGGCAACGCACUGCUGGAACGAGCCCAAGGGGAGGGGCAGGAGACAGCGCUCGACCCCCAACAGAUGGAACGGGAGCUGCUGCUGGCCAGAGAAGCUGUCAAUUCUCUGAAGGCGGACAAGAAAAGGCUGAAGGCGGAGAAAUUUGAUUUACUGAACCAAAUGAAGCAGCUGUACGCCACGCUCGAGGACAAGGAGAAGGAGCUCAGGGACUUCAUAAGGAAUUAUGAGCAGAUGCGCUCCCGAGGCGGCGCGUCGUCCGCGCUCGGCGCCGAGCGGGCGGAGCGCGAACGCGAACGCGCGGCGUUGCUGCGUCACGCGCGCGAUGAGGCCGAACGCUCGCUGCAGCUGGCGGCGGCGCUCAGCGCAAGGGACACGCAGCUGAGACAUGCAAGGGAACAGCUGUUUGAGGCUCGAAGACAACUCCAAGCGGCCGGAUGCCUGUCUGAAGGUGAGAGCGUUGCUUCCCUUGGAAUCGGUCCUCCCAUGAUUCUAGGCGGGCCGACGGGACUGCUCGGCGACCGCGGCAGCUGCAGUGCCGACUCCGGAGUCAGAGUGACAGGUAGCAGUGACGGCGGCGCGACGUCGGUGUGCGGCGGCAACCUGUCAGACUCAACGACGGAGCCCGCCAACCUGGACCCAUAUGACACGGACGCUGCCAGCCUCGUCUCCUCCGCGCACCCGCUGUAUCACUUGAGCACACCGCGGGACUGCAGCCCCACUCUGUCGCCGCACAACAGCGCUUCACCCUUCACACGGUCUAUCGACGCUGGGUCACUCUCCAGAUCCGUGGAGCAGCUAUCGAGUCCCGGGGAGUGCGAGACGGCGCUGCUGGGCAUGCGGCCCCGCUCGGGGGCGAAGGGCCGCGGCCGGGGCUCCGCGUGGGGCUCCAUCUCGCGCGUGUUCGCCCGCAGCCGACACCGCACCAAGUCCGGCAGUGCUACCAGCGGACACGAGAGCGAGCCAGUAUACGCGAGCACGGGCGGCGGUCGCGCCUGGUCGCCGCUAGGCAGCCAGGCAGCACUGCGCGAGGCAGCAUCACUGCCGCUGUCGCGAUGGCGCGCGCCCGCCAUCAUGGCCUGGCUGGACCUGGCGCUCGGGAUGCCGCAGUACGCUGCUGCUGUCGCUGAAAACGUGAAAAGUGGGAAGAUCCGUUUGAAUGGGCAGGUUCUGCUCGAGCUGACGGACGCGGACCUGGAGGUAGGGCUGGGCAUCUCGCAGCCGAUGCACCGCAAGAAGCUCCGGCUGGCCAUCGAGGAGCGCCGGCGGCCGGACCUCGUGCGCAACCCUAGUAUCGGUCAGCUGACGCACGCGUGGGUGGCCGCUGAGUGGCUGCCGGAUCUAGGGCUGUCGCAGUACGCGGAGUCGUUCCUGUCGAACCUGGUGGACGCACGCAUGCUGGACACCAUCAGCAAGAAGGAGCUGGAGAAGUACCUGGGCGUGACGCGCAAGUUUCACCAGGCGUCCAUCGUGCACGGCAUACAUCUGCUCAGGAUAAUGAAGUACGAUAGACAGGCCCUAUCAGUGCGACGACACCAGUGCGAGAACGUGGACGCGGACCCGCUGGUGUGGACCAACCAGCGGUUCAUUCGCUGGGCCCACAGCAUCGACCUCGCUGAGUUCGCUGAUAAUCUCAAAGACAGCGGCGUGCACGGCGGCCUAGUUGUCCUGGAGCCAUCGUUCACUGGGGAAACGAUGGCCACCGCGCUCGGCAUACCGCCCUCUAAGACCAUCAUCAGGAGGCACCUCGUCGCCGAAUUCGACGCCCUCAUCAUCCCCGCCAGGAAUAUGUUCGGACACCAAAUAAGGAUGUUGGGUCGGCCAUUUUCGAAAUCUGUGGCGACAGGCCUGCCCGGCAUCGACUUUAGCGCGGACUCUCGCCGGCACAGCUUAAGGGGUUCGAUAAGCCGCGCUCUGGGCGCUCUCAAGUCGAAGCACGAGCGCUCCUCCCCGAGCUCAAGCGACAGUUCGAGCGUGCUGAGCUUCCCGACUCACUCGCACUACGCGUACUCACCUCCCAUUGGUGCGCGUACGCUGUCCGCCAUGAGCGUGACGUACGCGCCGCCAGUAGAGUACGAGCCGAUAUACACACCACUGAGUCUGUACUCGCACUCAACGCAGUCGACGAGAGAUAGCGGGACGAGACUCAACGAUAUACACGAGACGGGCAUCACGCACAGAUACGGUCAAAAGGCUGACCAGGCGCACCGCGUGAGUUCCCCGCUGCCGGUCAAGACAGAGGAGGCGGUGGGCAGGCGUCGACACCGACGAGUCAAGAGCAUUGGUGACAUCAACGCCUCUGCCAAGAGCUCGGUGUAGAACACAGAUAAAUAAACAUUAGGGAUUGUAAGACCGCUGCCUCGAAUUUUGCGGACAGCGGAGCGAUAAACGCCUCCGCUAAAAGCUCGGCAUAAACUACAGAUAAAUAAAUAUUUUGCAUUCAAAACCGCUACAUCGAUCCGUCGAACGCUCCGCUCACACUCUGCUCUGAGCGAUAGCGGAGGGUUUGACGUCUCCACCAAGAGCUCGGUUAAAACCACAAACUAUAGGGUAAGACUGCUGCCUUAAAUGACACUGAGAGCGGGGCAGCUACGUAUCUUCCGAAAGCAACGCAGUAGGCGUUUUUCGGCUGUCUGUCAGUGUAUUACGAAAAAAAGUCUGUUGUAUUGCUGUCACAAGCCUCCUAAUCCGGGGGCAUCAAGGUCCCACUCCUCUGCCGCGAUUUACAACGGGUUCAUGAGUAUAUAAAAUCGUCCCCGCUGUACGCAUGAUUCGAUGCAGAGGCCUUAGAGCAGGUGGGGUAUUCACAAUUCCCGUUCGACUCUUAUUCGGAAACUUUCAACGUAACGUAAAAGUGAAGUUGUUCAACACGUAGCAAUAAAAUAAUGUGUGGUAAGUUUUCAAGUCGGAAAUUGUGACCCCACCAAAGACAUAGCCUAUAAAGAUGGUGAUGCCCGGUUAAUUUGCAAUGUGUCAG